UAUAGAAGAAAUUGAACAAAUUAUUGUUUCAUGACAUCAAUGUCAUGUCACUAUAAAGCCAAUGGUUGAAAGAUUUCAAAUAAAAGGUUGGCUACCGCAAUCUUGGCCAUGAUAUAUUUAAUGGUUUCUGAGGCGUUAUCAGCCGCAUUUAAUUGUAAUUUUCCGCAAUAUGAAGGAUCCCGACGUGAUCAAAACUUUAUUGCAACCUCUAUUUAAAAUGAUCUUGAUAUAGCAUAUUUCGAGUUAGCUUUUGCUGCAUAACUGUUUUUACUGACACAUUUGAAUCCCUCAUUGGAUAGGUUUGAAAAGAAAAAAUGGUUAAGAUUUGCUGCAUUGGUGCUGGAUAUGUGGGAGGUCCAACAAUGGCAGUCAUUGCAUUAAAGUGUCCAUCCAUUGAAGUAGUGGUCGUCGAUAUCUCGAAAUCGCGCAUUGCAGCAUGGAACAGUGAUAAGCUUCCUAUCUAUGAGCCAGGUCUUGAUGAAGUAGUAAAGCAAUGUCGUGGCAAGAACCUUUUCUUCAGCACUGAAGUUGAAAAACAUGUCUAUGAAGCCGACAUAGUGUUUGUAUCUGUCAACACGCCGACAAAAACUCGCGGUCUUGGAGCUGGAAAAGCAGCUGAUUUAACAUAUUGGGAGAAUGCAGCUCGGAUGAUCGCCGAUGUUUCCAAGUCCGACAAAAUUGUGGUAGAGAAAUCAACUGUUCCUGUCAAAACUGCUGAAGCUAUAGAGAAAAUUAUGACACACAAUGCAAAAGGUAUCAAAUUUCAGAUUCUGUCAAACCCGGAAUUUCUCGCCGAGGGAACUGCAAUUCAAGACCUUUUCAAUCCAGAUAGAGUGCUCAUCGGAGGCAGAGAAACCCCGGAAGGCGAAAAAGCAAUUCAAACGUUGAAAAAUGUUUAUUCUCAAUGGAUUCCAGAGGGAAAAAUCUUGACAACAAAUCUUUGGUCAGCAGAACUUUCUAAGUUAGCUGCUAAUGCCUUCUUAGCUCAAAGGAUUUCAUCUGUCAAUGCAUUGUCAUCACUUUGCGAAGCGACCGGUGCAAAUGUUAACCAAGUUUCCUACGCGGUUGGUACCGACACAAGAAUCGGACCGAAGUUUUUGAAUGCAAGUGUCGGUUUCGGUGGUUCUUGCUUCCAAAAAGAUAUCUUAAACCUUGUUUACAUUUGUGAGUGUAAUGGUUUACCAGAAGUUGCUGAAUACUGGAAACAAGUUAUCAAGAUCAACGAUUAUCAGAAGAGUCGGUUCGUGAACCGGGUAGUUGCAUCGAUGUUUAACACGGUUUCUAACAAAAAGAUAGCUAUAUUAGGAUUUGCAUUCAAGAAGGAUACCGGCGAUACACGUGAGACGCCGGCUAUUGACGUGUGUAAAGGGCUACUUGGUGAUAAAGCGCGUGUGAGUAUAUUCGAUCCGCAGGUAACCGAGGAUCAAAUACAAAGGGAUUUGUGGAUGAAUAAAUUUGAUUGGGAUCAUCCUAUACAUUUGCAGCCAACUAGUACUCCUUCAAAUGAGAAGAAUGUGAGUGUGGUUUUGGAUGCUUAUGAAGCAACAAAAGAUGCAGAUGGUGUCUGUAUUUUAACUGAAUGGGAUGAGUUUAAGAAACUUGAUUAUCAGAAGAUUUAUGAUAAUAUGAGAAAACCAGCAUUUGUUUUUGAUGGAAGGAAUGUUGUUGAUUGUGAUAAGCUACGUGAGAUUGGUUUCAUUGUUUAUUCAAUUGGUAAGCCACUUGAUCCAUGGCUUAAAGAUAUGCCAGCUGUGGCUUAAAACAUUACUUGAUUUCCUUAAGUAAAAAAUUGUGGCUUAAAGUUUGA